UCAUCUCUCCCUCUGUGCCUCUCUUACUCUCUUUACUCUCUUACUUCCUUCCUCCCUCUUUCUCUAUCUCUCUUUUUUCUUUCGGUGCCCUGCUGGAGGCGAUGGCGACCGCGGCGUCCAACCACUACCGCCUCCUGACGUCGAGCGCGUCCGAGGCGGGAAGCAUGCAGCAGGCACCAGCGUACAGGGACGCACCGAGCCUGCUGCACAGCGACUACACCACGCUCCAGAGCGCCGCCAAUCCGCUCGGCCACGCGCACCAGUGGCUCGCGGCGCUCUCGCACGGCGACGGCUCGCCGUGGUCUGAGCAGGACAUUAAGCCCGCGCUGCACGGCGACGCCGACGAGCUCCAGCACUCACCGAGCCUGCAGCCGCAACCGCAGCAGCCGCCGCAACAACAACAACAGCAGCAGCAGCAACAGCAGCAACAACAGUCGCGAGCGACUCAUUUGGUGCACGAGGGCGCGCAUCACCAGGAUCACCACUGGAGGUCGAGCACGACAGCGCACAUGGCCAGUAUGACGAGCUCCAACGGCCCGAGCAUGAUCUAUUCGCAGCCGGGCUACGAGCAGGGCAUGCACCACCACUCCGGUUCCCUAAGCGAGGCGCACGAGGACGAGCCGAGCCCGCGCAUCAGCGAGCACGGCCAGGCGCCGAGCCUCCGCCCGGGCCAGCACGAGCACUCGGACGACGACGUGCCCACCUCCGACGACCUGGAGCAAUUCGCCAAACAGUUUAAGCAGCGGCGCAUUAAGCUCGGCUUCACGCAGGCCGACGUGGGCUUGGCUCUCGGCACGCUCUACGGCAACGUCUUCUCGCAGACGACGAUUUGUCGUUUCGAGGCUCUGCAGCUCAGCUUCAAGAACAUGUGCAAGCUCAAACCGCUGCUGAACAAGUGGCUCGAGGAGGCCGACUCGACUUCGGGAAGUCCCACGAGCUUGGACAAAAUCGCCGCGCAGGGCAGGAAGCGGAAAAAGCGCACCUCAAUCGAGGUUGGCGUCAAGGGCGCACUGGAGAGUCAUUUCCUCAAGUGUCCGAAACCCGGCGCGGCGGAGAUUAACGCCCUGGCGGACAGUCUGCAGCUGGACAAGGAGGUCGUGCGGGUUUGGUUCUGCAACAGGCGGCAGAAGGAGAAGCGCAUGACGCCCCAGUGUGCGCCGUUAGCCGACAACAAGGACGCGUACGGGGACACGCCGCCGCACCACGGCGACCGGACACCGGGUCCGUGAUUGUGACCGCAGGGGGGUGAAAAAAAGGGGAGAAUUUUUGAAUUGUCCGUGAUUUUGUUUCUUUCCACCACCCGCACAGGCUCUGUCCUUUUUUUGUCUGCGCUACAACGGUGGACCGAAGCCGCAACACAGCCUACGUGACACCGCAUAGGUGUUGCGUGUUUUCGCCCUGAAACAAUGCGGACAAGGGCGGGCGACGGGACGCGUGUGGCGCAUAAAGACGAUCGCGCGCUUCACGGAAAAUAAACCCAGAAAGGGGCAAAAAAAAUAAUAAUGCUUUAUUGUAAGGGGAAAAAAAAGGGGUCUGGAGCCCAAGGAUCUGUGGAGACACGUCGCAUCUGGUUGGAGCAAAAUAGCAGGAGAAAGGGCGUUCUACACGCCAUCUUCCCGUCAGGGCUACACACACACACACACACACACACGACGUGUCAUCACGCACCGAUGCGGUGUCUGCUGCCGUUUAUUAUUAUUAUUAUUAUUAUUAUUAUUAUUAUUAUUAUUAUUAUUAUUAAUAUGUUCGAUGUAAAACAGUCUACCUCUUUUGUGUAGUGUAGCCUAACGCUGGUGUUUGGUUCUUGAUCAUAACAAAAGGCUGAUAAGUGCUUGUCUCUCACACACACACACACACACACACACACACACACACACACACACACACACACACACACUGCAAAGCAGUCCAGCUUCAUGCAGGUCACGAAUUCGCACUGCUGGUGUGAGCAAACAAAAAUCCUUGUCAGUGUGAGGGAUGAUUACACACACACACACACACACACACACACACACACACACACGCACACGCGCGCGCAGACCAGAAUCAAGUCUACACAAGGCUCUGUGCAUUUCAUCCAAAUUUGGGAUAACAUCACUAACACAUUCUCUGUCAUAUGGGAAUGUUAUGUUUGUUAUGGGGUUACAAAUGCUAAUAAUAAUAAUAAUAAUAAUAAUAAUAAUAAUAAUAAUAAUAAUAAUAUGCAGAUCUUCGUAUUUCAAACUAAUGUUGUUUAAACUGUGAUCUCAAAAGCAAGAAAGGUCUAUAGGUGUAAUCAUGUGAAGUUUUAUUAUUGUUAUUAUUUUUUUGUGAAGGCAAUGAAGGCAACUGGAACACUGUGAACACAGGCCAGGGGACAGGAAGUCUCUACUGAUCAAAACUAGACCAAAAUAUAACAAAAAUAAUUUAUUGACAAAUAAAUUAAGGAAUACAUAAGAAUCAAUAUAUUGAUUUCCCAUCUAUAGAUCAUAUGAUAAUAAUAAUAAUAAUGAUUAUAAUGAUUAAUUAUAAUCAUUAUUAUCAUUUUUAUUAUUAUCAUUAUUAUUAUUAUUAUUAUUAUUAUUAUUAUAAUUAUUA